GACAGAAUGAUGCAAUAGCGCUAAUAGCGCGCUCCUCGAAUGCAGCUUUAAUGUUCUAAGAAUAAACAUAUUGCAUCAUUAUGCCAGGUAAGUCUAGUGUUUCUUUUCUUAUGGAGGAUUAUUAGAGACAAACAUUUUUUAGUGGAUGUCGGAUCGUCGUCGUACGUCGAACAUCGGACUAUAUGCAGGAAUUACAUAUAACGUUGUUAUGGGCUAGAAAUACGACGCAGGGUCGCGUGAUCGUUAUUUCUGAUUUGCAUCAAUAAAACGAGUGAUUUUUGAGAUUUUCGCGUGUGCGACUUGGAUUCUUGAUUCCGACCGUUCACAGACUUCGUCGCCGACUGUUGUUGGUUGCGUCGUUGUGGUUCGAUUUUUCGAUGUGGAAAUUUCUGGAAACAUUUGGGACAGAAUAUAUGGGCCGUAUUGACCUCCAUCGGGAGGCCGGAGCCCGAGCAAAAUAAAAAUAAGAAGAAGAAAAAGUGGGCUAGUCGUGCAUAGAGGUUAGAUUAGGAAGGUGGAAUAAGUUAAUUCACAAGACUCUCUCAAUAUUAUUAUAGACGUCAGAUAUAUUUUAUAACGAACAUUAGCAAUGUCGGGGAAAAAACUUGUCGGUAAACGUCAAAUUCAAAAAAAGGCACAGAUAUCAGUAAAUAAUUCGGUACAAAACAUAUCGAAUAAUGACUUUUUGGAAGAGGGGACAUCGCAUGAUCCUGCAGCUGUUCUUUUCUUCUCCCCAAACACAAGUUCUUCUCGUGCUUUUUUGAGUGAUGAAUCUGUAACCUCCUUUUCAAUUAAUAACUAUGCUAUGGAUUUUACAAAUGUAGUAUUAACUCCGACAAGAAUGGCUGAAAUUUUUAUUGAUUGUAUUGAUAGUAGUUUGUCAGAAUCAAAUUAAGAUCCAGACAGUGAUUGUAUUGAUAGUAGUUUGUCAGAAUCGAAUCAAGAACCAGAUAUUGAGCCAUUAGUUGUACGCCUUCGAAGAUGGUAUUGUUCUUCGCGUGUUAAUUUGACUCAGCUGAAAAUGUUGCUAACUGAACUUAAGCCUGAUCAUCCUGACUUGCCUUCAGAUCCACGGUGUAUAGUGCAAACACCAGUCUAUUUGGAUAUAGAUAUAAAUAUUGAUGGCUUGCCAGUCUCCAAAAGCAGUUCUGUUGAUGUUUGGCCCAUACUAGGUAGAUGUAUUGGAUUAUAUGACCAAAGAAGAAUAGAAGCAGCGAUAAGAAGUAGAAAAAAAAAACCUAACCCAUAGUAGAAACAGCGAUAACAAUUAUACAGAUUCUGAUCAUGAUAAUCAAGUUGUAGCACCAAAAAAGGCCACUGGCAUGGAUAUGGUAAAAAAUCUGGUUUAUAUGGUAGAGAUUAUGAAGGAAACUCAACGUAACCAUGGAAUAUUAUUGGAGGAAGUAGUGCAGCGACUCAGGAAUAAAGGAAUAAUCUUAUCUCAUCCUAAAGGAAUGCCACAAAUACCCCUUGAAAAUAUCAAUGAAGCAGAAAGAAUGGAGGAAUGUUUAGCUUCAUCUGCAGCACAAAUGGAGUACCUUACUAAAAGACUUUCUACCGAAGGUGGAACAUCAGUUGAAGGACGUGUUGACCGUAUUAUGAGAAAAUUGCUCACACGCGCAGUUGGCAGUCUCUACAGUUACAUGGGGAGAAGACAAAAAGGGAACGACCCAAAACUUGCUUUUUCUCCUACAAACAUGUAUAAAGCUGUCAAAGAUGCAGUGUUACUUGUACACCCAGAUGCCAAUGGAAGAAUUAUUGAUAAAUCAAUAAUGGACUACUUGCGUUACUCACUUUUUAGGACUAAGAAAUAAGUCUUUAUAUAGAUAUAUAAAGACUUUUAUAUAGAUAUAUAUAACGAACAGUUAUAUUACUGUUACUUUGUGUUUGCCUGCAGUGGCACUUUGUUAUAGAAAUAUUCAUUGACAUAAGUUUGUGAAAGAUUACAUUAAAUUGUUACAGAUGCAUGUUCUAUAAUUUAUUUUUCUUUAAAGUACAA